UCAUGCCUGCUGGACAUCCUGGACACAGCCGGUCAAGAGGAAUAUUCUGCGGCUAGGGAUGAGUACACACGUACUGGGAAUGCGUUUCUCCUGGUGUAUAGUAUAACUGACCGGUCAAGCUUUGAAGAGGCAGAGGCGAUAUAUGAAAUGAUAAUGAUAAUCAAACAAGAAAACCAUGUUCCAGCGGUUUUGUGUGGCAACAAACUUGAUCUCGAUGCAACACGAGAUGUCUCACAUGACGAAGGCAAAGUAUUGGCACAGACAUUAGGGAUUCCCUUCAUGGAGACUUCCGCCAAAGAUGGGACAAAUAUCACACAGGUUUUUGAAGUACUAGUGAAAGAAGUUCCCAGAUUGCAGCCCUCAUACAAGGUGGUCAUCCUGGGGAGUGGAGCAGUUGGAAAAUCAGCGGUCACCCUGCGUUAUACCACCAAUAAAUUUGUUGAUUGUUAUGACCCAACUAUCGAGGACUUCUACAGAAAAAAUGUCACAAUUCCUGGCCUAAGAGAAAGACAUCGGGAAUCCAGUAUGUAUGGCAUGCGAUUAGGGAAUUAG